AUGUCUAUGUGGGAGCAUAUGUGUGUGGGUGCACGUCUUCACCCUCCCACAGCUGCGCCUUCCAACAGCUCUGCGAUUCCACAGCUCUACCAUCGCACAGUUCCACCUUCCCACAGUUCCAGCACUCCCAUAGCUCCACCCUCCCACAGCUCCACCCUCCCACAGCUCCAACACUCCCACAAUCCACCUUCCCACAGAUCCACCUUCCCACAGAUCCACCUUCCCACAGAUCCACCUUCCCACAGCUCCACCUUCCCACAGCUCCACCCUCCCACAGCUCCACCCUCCCACAGCUCCAACACUCCCACACUCCACCCUCCCACAGCUCCAACACUCCCACAGCCCAACCCUCCCACACCUCCAACACUCCCACACUCCCACACUCCCACAGCCCCAUCUUCCCACAGCUCCACCCUCCCACAGCUCCACCCUCCCACAGCUCCCCCACAGCUCCUUGAGUACUCCCUCUGCCAGCCUCUCAAAUGCAUUCGAACUGUUUUCCUGCCGAGCGAUGGCCGACGUCUGGCGAUCGCUCGUGGCCAUCCCCGCGCCGGGCUGUAA